CGAAGAUUCACAGCCUCACGCGCUCUAAUGCCACAGUAGCCGCAGUUCCCAGAGAAACAAAUAUGGCUCACUUCUAUUCACUUUAUGUGCUUUGCCUGCUGACUUUCAGCUUUGCGUAUGGAAGGUACACGGACGAAAAGUUUGCGAAGACCCACCGUGAGAUUUCGGAAUGGCUACGCCGGUACAUAUCUGCGGAAAAGCAACGUCUCGGUACCAUUCGUAAAAGACUCGAAGUGUUCGAAGCAGCCGUAAAAGCAGCCGAAGGCGUCGACCCAGAGGAGUACCUCGGUCUUCCCAUGAACGCCUUCUUGCUGAUCAAGAGGUUGGCCAAGGAUUUCAAGGAAAUCGUUGAGAUAGCGAAGGACGAAACGAACUCGAAGCUGCUCUUGGAAAUGAGACCCGACGGUAAGAGAGGACGAAAGCUAAGGUUCCCAACAAGAAAAGAUGUCCUCGAAGCCUCGCGGAACGUGUUGAACUACCAGAAAGAAAACGGCCUGACGGCCGCGCAGGUCGCUGAUGGCAUUGGAGCCAAUGAAACAGAUUUGCAAACGCAGCUGUCGGCGAGGGACUGUUAUGAGAUAAGCAUAGCAGCGAAAAGGGUCGGUGAAAUCGAGCAAGCCAGAGAGUGGAUGCAAGUGGCUGAAUCACGUACGGGGGAUGCGACGAUGGACAGCGUUGUCGUAAAUGAGUACCUGGCAAUUUUUGCUUUCGAGCUCGGGGACACUGAAAAUGCCAUGGCGUUUACGCAGAAGGUUGUUGCAAUGGAUCCAAGAAACGUCAGGGGAAUUCUGAACCUAGAAUUUUAUGAACAAGUCGCCACGAAGCCGUACGGGGUUGGGUAUAAGAGACCCGAGAACAGAGAGUUUCAAGAUUUUGUUCAGGACACGAUUUCUUUCAAGCCUUAUUGUCGCAGAAUAUCGUACAGACAUAACGUACGAUUUCCUGGCAAUGUUUACGUUGAAACAAUUCGGGAAGAACCUCCAGUUUUGCUGUACAGAAACUUUUUGGGCGAAAGUGAAGCCUUGUUUCUUCAGGAAGCGUUUCAGUUUGGGAGUAUAGAACUUGGCAGUGGCGGUGAGAACAUUUCCCCUGGUUCAAAGAGCGCAGCGAUGCUUCAGGAGCUAUCUGGCAGGAUUGAAGGUGUAACCGGGUUGGCAUUAAAUGAUGAGCAGGCACCCUGGAGAAUAAUUAGGACAGACUGCCAGUAUGGGACGUUGCUUAGUCCAGGUCAAUACUUGAAGAGGAAGCCCUUGGCGACGUGGUGGACCUUCUUGUCCGAAUCUCAGUUCCUCGUGGAUCAGGACAACGGAACACAGCUGUUCAUGGGACAAUCGAUUUUGCGGUACCACGUGGGGAUGAACGGACACCGUGAGUCCGAAAUGAUUCAAUACAAUUGCAGUGGAAACAGUGUCAUCCUCGCUAAGCGCAUCAUGCUCGAAGGUCAGCAACAGUUCUAUUCACGUCCCAUCAAGGCAGGGUCCUUCGUCGACGAUGCAGUGGACAGCCUUUUAAAAAUGCCCAGCGCUGCAUGGAACAUGACCAUAGGACUAGUCAUGUGAUAUCGUUAUUCGUACGUCAUGCAGAAUGUUUUUGUGCAAACAGUUCCACUUUUCGCUUUGUUAGUGUGCUGACUGGUCAACUGGAAUUGAACGUUCUUGUGUCGUUAUGCGCUGAACGCAAUCGCUAUGGCUUUUACAAAUUACCGUGUAAUGGGCGACAUUGAAGCGCUCUUGCGAGGCCUCCGAAAGGAAGCAAACUGUGAACUACAGCUGGGACGUCGAGGGCGGUGAAACAGCACCGCUAUUUUUUUUAGAGCGGUAGGGGGAUGAGUGAUCUUUAUGGGCGUUACUAUAGUGAUAGGUUUCUUUGCUCACAUUCCCUUCGUGAUAUACAAAACCGUACGCUUUGCUGUAAUAAAGGUCCAAGCCAG